GUCGCGUCGCUGGGAAGGAAGUAGUCUCUGCCAUGGAGUCAGAUGAGUGCGAGCAGUGGAUGCUGGAGUCUAUCAGGCUGUAUAAAGACCUCCAUGACUUUGAGUUGCAGGAUCCGACGCGAGUCAUUGAGUGGGUAGGCGAAAAGAGUAUCUGUGUAGCGGGUUAUGAUUGUGCCAAAACAAAUGAAAUUCUGCAGCUGCUUGUACCACAGAAGUUACAUACAAAAGAAAAUCAGGGUUUGUGUCCAGAGCGAGAUUUGAAAGUGGAGCACGGCGGGUUUUCAGAGCAUCCCGUAUACAGCCUGAAACACAUCCCAGAAACGAGUGUUUUGGUCACUAGUGGUCCAGCUGUCGGCUCGGUGCAGGUUUGGCGGAUUGGAGCAGAAGACAAAGAUGUCAUUAAACCAGUGAGCACCAUUCACUCGGAAGCCGGGACGGAGACGUGGACGAAAAUAGCAACUAUUUCGUCAUCAGCACCUUGCCUUAUACAUGGCUCACAGGCCGGCAACACUCGUGUUUCAGAGGUGGAAUCCGCCAAGCAGAUCUACAGUCUAGGUGUAACUAGCCGUGAUCCUGUGAGCACCAUUUCCUCCCUGGAUUCUAACACAUUCUUCUUGUGCUGCUCAAGUGGACGUCAAUACAUGGCUGAUGUCCGGCAGCCGCAGCCAGCCGGUGAGGGCACUUUAGACGUGUCGUCUUCAUCUAAUGGCCAUUGGUGUGCAGCUGUCAGGUCCACGAAACAAGAAGCCCGGUCCGCCAUUGCCAGCCUCUCUUCCGAGGGACACAUUAUCGUUACGGACACCCGGGAUCUAAGCACUCCCGUGAAGUAUGCCAGAUGCAGACCUUCUGGUCCUGCUUCAGCAGAGCUUUUCAUGUGCAUCAGUUGGGCACCAGUGCUUGAAGACACCAUUUCCAUCUCAGGGUUUGAUGGCACCGUACAGAUCUACAGCGCUAAAUCCUGGGACGCGACGAUGAAAGAGAGAGACCCCCUAUUCGCUCACAAAGGCCAUUCUGUGAUAGGAGUGUGCGAGGAUGGAAGCGUGCCAAGAGUCACAGCGCAUUCUUGGCAUCCGUGGAAAGAAAGGACUGUUUUAUCGGCAGCCACAGAUGGAUCUUUACACGUCUGGGACUGGUCGGACUCCAACUCGGAGCUGGACUCUUAGCCAGCCACCUCCUGGAUUGCGAGAAGAUACAGUGCAUUGUUUAAAAAAACAUGUUAGUUUUAUGUUUUUUAUUCUUUAUUCCAGACCAGGCCAUUUUUUAUGGUAUGCAAAUUAAACUCUUUUACGUUUCUAAUGAUUUUUUUUUUAUUUAUUUGAAGUCCUAUUCAUUUAUUCUCCACCGAAGUGAACAAUAACAUAACUUACCAGGAAAAAGAGACCAACACGUAGAGUCUAUAUAGGGAUCCCGUUAGCCUUGAAUAGAGCAUAGGUUUAAAACUGUUGGCCACACCCACUAUGCAAAUGAUUAUAUAGUGUCAAUCACUGGAUUAAUCAAUCAAUACAUUUGUUUAUACCACCAAUAGCGUGACAUAUAAGUCAUUUUUAUGUUCUAUGUCAGGAAUGACAAACUUUGAUGGUAUAUGCAUAAUAUUAGUAAUAAUACUAAUCAUGAAGGGUGCUGCCUCUCCUAACUUUGGAUACACCCGUGUGGCGGACACCUC